UAGAACGGAUCGAUCAUCGUUUGCCACAAUGUCCAACAACGUGUUCGCUCAUACGAGGGAGGCGGUGCGUUGCAAAGUGAAGAAAUGUGAACCGAAUCGACCGCCGGAAUGGCGUAAGUUCAGCGUUGACCCUCAAAUAACCUCUUUAGAAGUGUUAUAUUCAUUGUUAGCCAAAGCCUUCGAUAUCAAAUCGGACUUCUCCAUAAAAUAUAAGGCGUACGAUCCAGCCGGUAAUGAAAUAUACCUGGCUGUCUUGUCCGAUUGGGACUUGGAUGCGGCAUUUCUCAGAAUUCACAAUAUAUCCAUACAGACAUCUACGGAACCAUGCCUUAUGUUACAGAUCGACAUUAAACCCUUUACCGAAGUGAAGGAUUGGGAUCCCGAGAGUACGGCCAGUGCAUCAUCGGCGUUGAUUGGUUCGGGAUCAGUCAGCAGCAGCACUGGAGUAACACCCACGGGCUCAUCGGCUCGUGAGUUAAUAUCACCGCUGCAGCAGUCCAUUGGAGCUUCACAAAAAUAUGUCCAGCAAAUGCAAACAAAGUUGCCCGGUCUUAUCAUGAAUCAAAUGGAGAAGACCUUUACGAUGGUUCAGAAGGCAUUUAAUCUCAACGAAGAAACAAUGGCUGCAAUGCCACCUAGGCCAUCGUUGGCUGACAAUGAAUUCCGUAUGUACUUGGAUGCCCUGGGUCAAAUCCAAAGGACAGAUGAACUACGAAAGGUGAUUUUCUUGGGUGGCAUCGAUCCCAGUCUGCGAAGGGUGGUUUGGAAGCACAUCCUAAAUGUUUACCCUGCCGGUAUGAAUGGUCAUCAACGGAUGGACUAUAUGCGCCGCAAAUCGGAACAAUAUUAUCAAUUACGAGACGUAUGGAAAACGGCCAUAAAACAGGGUUACGUAGUUGGGGAAUUGGCGUAUGUCACCAGUAUGGUUAAGAAGGAUGUCUUGCGCACGGACCGACUGCAUCCAUUCUAUGCAGGCAAUGACGACAAUCAGAAUAUAGCCUCCCUUUUUAACAUUCUUACUACAUAUGCUCUAAAUCACCCAUCAGUCAGCUAUUGCCAAGGCAUGUCCGAUAUAGCCUCUCCGCUGUUGGUAACGAUGAAUGAUGAAGCACAAGCUUACAUUUGCUUCUGCGCCAUCAUGGAGAGGGUGAGGGGGAACUUUAUGCUGGACGGAAUAGCAAUGACACAGAAAUUUGCUCAUCUUACUGAAGCGUUAAGCUAUUACGAUUCGGAUUUCUGGGAGUACUUAAAAUCACAGCAAGCAGAUGACCUUCUCUUCUGUUAUCGUUGGUUGUUGCUCGAAAUGAAAAGAGAGUUUCCCUUCGAAGAUGCGCUACGGAUGUUGGAGGUUCAGUGGAGUUCUUUGAAGUACGAAACUAGCGUUGAUAAGGAACUGAAGUUGUUUGAAAAGGAGUUUGUACCAAUCACUGAAACGAUUUUACCAUCUACACCAACUAGUGUUGGCGGCGCAAUGCCUCCUAUUAGCCCUUCUUACUUCAUGGCAAAGCCACGAGAGAAUGCCUAUACAAAGGUUUGCGACUUGAGGAGACAGAGUUCCUCUGCUUCAUUACAUUCACUAAGCUCAUCUCUUACGUCAAGUCUAAAUCAGGGAUCUGGAUCAUUCACAUCCAAAUUGGAUUGCACUAGACGCUUGAAUCAAAGCCUUGAUGAUAAUAUGGCCCGCCAUGUUGCUACAAAACGCAACAGACGGAAAAUCCCAUCUAAUCGACAAUCUUUGGAUGAGACCAAAAUGUUGCAACUACUUGAAGGCCGACAUGAAACUCCAGAUGCUCUAGAAGUGUGUUCAACAGCUACGCCAGAUAGGCAGCUAGACACAGACCAAUCGGAGGACGAUGAUGUGUUUUCUGAUCACAGUAGUCAUUUUACGUUUCACGAUACAAAUCCAUUUAAAGACGAUACCUCCAUGAAGACAGAAAACGCUCCCACACCCAGAUCGUCGGGAAUACACAAGGCAUUCUUGAGUAGCAGUUCAUCGUCGUCCUUGGUUGGCUCCGACCUUACAAACAAUGGCACGAAUAACGUAUCUCAGGAUGAUGGGCUAACUAAUGAAACGGGCGAUAAGAAAGCACUUCCACUGCCCAAGGGCAUUGCAAAAUUACAAAACAAAAAAAUAAUAUCCAAUUAUAAUACUGUGAGCAAUAUAAUUGUAAAACAGUUAACGAAUGCCAGUAACACGAGUGGAGGUCAUUUCAAAGAUCUCAAGGAAAAAAUUGCAGCCACUAGUCGAAAGGGUUUGUCUCUCGAAGAAUGUAACGAGAAAUCUCAACAACGAUUGGUGAAAAAUUUCAAUGAAUUUCUGAAUUUUGCAUCUAUGAACAAAAGCCGUGUGGGAAAUGUCGACAAGACAAGUACGUCAGUUUUGUCAAGCGACGACAACGUUGCACAAAAAUCACGCAAAACACCUUCUCCGCAAAAGCUUUCUCCCACACCUCAUCCCCUUGUACAACUCACCAAAGGAGGUUUUACCUCAUCACUUGAAGAGUCCGACUCAUCGUCAAUACCUGACACAACCAAUAACACCUGGAGCUGUUCAACAGCGGCCACAGCAAUACAACAAGCAAAUAAUUUAAGCAGCAAUAGUUUACAUCUAGAGCUCAAUUCACUUUCUUCCCAAACUCACACACCAGAACGUACGCCUACAAUGGAAGCGACAUCACAACAUAAACGUCAAAAUGCUAGGACACCCAGCCAUCAGGAAAUCCGACAUGACCAUGCGAAUACCACACCAGAGGAAGGUCCAGAUUUAGACUAUCCGGCGAUAAUACGAGAGUUGCACAUGGAAGCUGAUAAUUUAGAUAGGCAGGUAUUUGGUGACAAUACAGUUACUAAGGACUCCACAUGUUCAGAAAUUGAAUAUGAAAAACUUGGGAAGGACUCGUUGGAUAUGAUAGAAGAUCUUGAUGUGGAUCAUGAUAGUAAUGCCUUAAGAAGUUCUGUUGAAAAUCACAGCGAAGUCAGAGCCAUGCUAAUUCCAAAUGGAGGAUUAGAUCCAAAUGUGAAUGGAAAUAAUAAAAAUAGAAAUAACGACAGUGUUACUUUGAAUCCUUUUCUCGAGGAAACUGCAAAUCCAGGUUAUUCAACUAAAGUGGAGAAAGGCAUUAAGAAUAGCAGUAGUUGUGAACCUUUUUACAGCCACGCAUCAAGUAGUUCGAGUUCAUUGCCCGAAGUUUUGAUUCCUGUUUCAACUACUGUACCCGAGACAGGCGAUGUCGAUGAGAUGGCUACAAAUGCGGCUGAUGAAGUCGCCUUUUCAAAAACGUCAUCAUCAAUGCAGCAGUCCAUCCCCAGCGGAAACUCUACAAAUUCCACACCGGCAACAAGAUUGCCACCGCCUUCGGAAUUUGGAGGUGGCAAUCCGUUCCUUAUGUUUCUCUGUCUUACUUUACUAUUGCAGCAUCGGAAUGUCAUUAUGAAAGCCCACAUGGACUACAAUGAAAUAGCAAUGCACUUUGAUAAAAUGGUGCGUAAGCAUGAUGUGACUCGAGUUCUGAACCAAGCUAGACGCAUGUAUAUUGAUUAUUUAAAAAGUUAUGCAGCACACAACCAAGAACGGCAACAGCACCAACACGAACAGCAAUCCUCAGUAAUAGCAAAUAGUGCACCACAGCAUUUAAACGAUCUCAGUAGAAAUGCAACGACGGCAAUACAAUCACCACCACAGAAGUACCAUCACAGUCAAACACAAAGAAAGUUCCAACAACAUUCCAGCAACCAAGCGCCAACAUCUUCGUCAUCAUCAUUUCAUACGAAAUCGUAAAGAAAGC